AUGACUUACGAGGAACUCUUAGAAAAAAUCAGAUCAAUUCAAAGCGUACUCGACGAGCAAGAACCCCAAAACGCUGGACAUCCAACCCGACGACUCUUACCUUCUCUUAUGUGCGACAUGUGGAGAGUGGAUCAUUAUUUGAAUUAUCUUGAGGUUCUCGAAAACUGGAGUUUAUCUGAUAUUGAACAUGGUGAACGUGCUAUGCAAGCCAGAAAUAUUACUAUCAGUCACAUCGCCGCGAUUUCUCACCGAUUUCACCUCAACGGUUCUCUUGUUCAACAUUUUCCUGCUCCCGGAUCUCGAAACUGGUACAUGCUUUAUGCUUUUCUACGUCUUAUGACCGAAUCAUCUCGUAUUGUUGAAGAACCUUCCGACCCAUCUCAAGAAGAACACGAUGAAUGUCCUAUCUGUGCAGAAAAUUUUGAAGUAGGAGAGCGUUAUAUUCAAUUACCUUGUUGGCCUGAGCAUUGGAUUCAUGAAACCUGUUUGACUGAAUAUGCUGGACAUACGCCUAAUUUCUCAUGCCCAAAAUGUCGUCGAGUUCCUUACGCUAUUCAGUAG